AUGGCAGAUGUCCAAAAAGUUCACCCGGUGGCCCACGACCCGGAGGCUCCUCCUCCCCCCGAGCCCAACUCCAAGCCCACCGCCCCCCUCGUCCCCCGCGGCUCUUCCCGGUCGGAAUCGGGUGACCCGGCCCGUACCCGUCCUCCCCCGACUGGCCCGGCCCACCGCACUAUCCCUUACGCCCCCAUGAAACCCCCCAAGAGACGAGGCUCUUGCUGCAAGAGGUGCCUCUGCUGGUCCACUUGCCUCAUCCUCCUCCUCGUAGUCCUCGCCGGAGCCGCCGCCGGCGUCCUCUACCUCGUUUUCCGGCCACACCUCCCGAGCUACUCGGUCGACUCCAUGCGGAUCUCCCGACUCGACCUCGGGCCCGACAACACCCUGUCAUCGGGCUUCGACGUCAACAUCACGGCCCGAAACCCGAACCGGAGGAUCGGAAUCCACUACGAAGGCGGGAGCCGGCUCAGCGUGCUGUACCGUGAGACGACGCUUUGCGAGGGCUCGCUGCCUCGGUUUUACCAGGGUCACCGGAACACGACCCGGCUCGGGAUCCGGAUGGCUGGCCGGACGGCUGAUGCAGCCGGGCUUCUUGGGUCGAUUCAGGCGGAGACGGGUGGAGUGCCGCUAGUCCUCCGUGGGCGAGUUCCGGUGAGAGUGGAGAUCGGGAGUUUGAGGCUGUGGGAGUGGAGGUUUAGGGUGAGGUGCAGGCUCACGGUAAACAGGGUGGAGGCGAAUAAUGAUGUGAGGAUUAGGGAUAGUAGGUGUAGGUUUAGGUUCAGGUUUUGA